AUGGAGACCUCUGUCAGUAAGAGAUUGUCGCGAUUUGCAGACAGAGGAGUCUCGGACUUCGCACCUGUGUCAACGGUGAGCACUGAGAUGUAUGCUUCACUCAGGACGAGAGGCUCAAAGGCCAAUCGUGCCAGUGUGAGGACCACAUGCUCUGCACAAAAGGAAGUGACGGCUCUAGAUCAUGAAGGAUCACUUGCCAAGAGUCCGUCAUUGGAUUCGAAGUCCUUGGGGAAAGGCUCUAGACGACUCGCUGGCUUCAGAACGCUUUUUCGCUCCCGCAAGUCGCAUCUUCGGCUCAUGUCAGAGUCCUCUGUUCAGUCUGACAAUCCUACUAUUGUGGUUGAAGAGAGUACUAGCCAUCAAGAGGAUCAGCACCAGCCCAUGGGGCUUCAGGCCGGUCAAUGCAACAGCUUCCUGAACGAGGAUUCCGACGCUAGAAAGGUCAGUGAUAAGACCGUGUACUCGCUUCAUUCGGACCUCACCAGCGUGACGGUUUGCCAUAAUCCAUCAAAACGGAAGUCAAUGCCCAUUGCUCUGGUGGACCAAGAGUGCCUCUACCAUGAUCCUUACAGUGAUAUUCAGGAGGCAUCCCAUACUACUCCGCACUCCAACGCCAAUGUCGGGGAUAAUACAAGGAGUACGAUACGCUCUGCCCGACCCCGACAGCACAGUUCCGAGUGCAGUGGUGCGAGUAUCCUAUCCAACUGCCCCAUUCGGACUCAAGAGAAGCCGGAGAAUCCCUUUGCACGGGCCCGCUCCAGUAGAUCGCGGGGUUCGUCAUCAAGGCAAAGCUCGGAUUUGUCUACCACAUAUGAUGAUACUAGUUACUCUCUGGCCCAAGGUGAUCGCCGCGCGGCUGUUAUAGCGUUCAAUGAGUUGGCCGGCAGGUUGCAUCUCGAACUGCUGGGGUUAGACGAGGCUGAUGGCGGUCAUGAGGGUGAAUGGAGUCCUUUGUCAGGCGCUGGGAGAUCCCCUGAUAGCCGUCAAUCUCACCCAGCCACCUCAGAUGAUCAUCCAAGGCGCUGGGGUAGGUUCUACGGACGCAUACGAACCAUGCGGUCGUCACUUCAACUGGGGUCGUCAGAUGCACCCCGCAAACGAACCUUGCGUCGGAUGAGGACGUUUGCCAGCGUUUCGCGCCGAUCCUACGAGAUGACCUCAUUGAAAGGCAAGCCCUUGGAUCAUCUAGCCCGCCUAGGAGGGUACAAUCUGCUCGCGCUCCCGGCCGACUUUGCGCCUACGAAGCUGAGGCUCCCUGUUUGCUUUGUGGCGAUUAUCACCUAUCUGGGAUGCUUUGCUCCCACCGUACGAAAUGUCUUCAUUGAUCCCGGAAAUCCGAAGAUAGCGACGCGGACGUAUGACUACUUUGCCAAUCAGGUGCUGUCGGUGGAAAAGCAGCAAGAUAAGAUCCAGAUGACGAUUGGCAGUAGUGCGAUGCCGCUGGAUGUGGUAAACCCGCUGCACGGCGAUGGUGAUAGCGGCGACACAGUCCAAGUGUUGAGCGUCGCGUGGACGUUCAAGUCUCUGCUUGCCGGGCUCCCUGGCGGCAUCCUAGGGUCGGCCCGGCUCUAUCGUGUGCUGGUCCAGAUCUGCCACGGCCACAUCGUAGACGAACCAAUCGAGCGGCGGAGAAGCUGUCUUGGAGGGCUUUCGCCCAGGGGCUACGUCAAGGCCAAGGCCAUCAGCCUGGCAAUUCUAGCCCUCAGCGACUCGAUGCAGCUGAACCUUAUCUGUGGAGUGUUCGGGCUCUGCGCGCUUUUGCUGCAUGAGACGCAGCGCCUAAUCGAGGUGGAACGCCAGGGGUUCCGAGGCAGCGUGUGUCGGGCGAGUGUCGGGUCGGGGCUGCUGAACUUGGACCGGCUCAGUGGAGUGCUGGCGCCAUUUCUGAUGGAGUGCGAAGGGGGGGAGCAUGACGAUACGUUCCGGACCAUUGAACGCGAGAUCGAAAGCCAGCGGGUGGCCGCGAUGCUCAUUGGGAGCUGGCGGGGGGUUAGUCGACAGCUGCGGAUCUGGGAGCAUCGGGGAGCUAUUGCGCACCACCGUGCAUGUUCGCGAGCUUUCAGCGGGGGACGGUCGUCGGCGGAGGAGUGA